UUGCACCGUGGAGGCCAACAUAUCCUUUAUAUGUAGAACUUAGUCCCUUGCGACGCUUCAAAUUCAAGCCCAUAUUACAUCACACCCCUCAAAAUGCAGGCAGCUCUAAGCAUUGCUCCGGCUCUUCUCCCUUUGACACCCUCCAAGAACUUUACCCCACUCACCAGUUUUCCUCCCAGGUUAACCGGCUCACUUGCUGCCCGCUUUACCCCAAUCAAAGCAACUGCCGUUGGCCGGCCCGUGCCCCAUGAUACUACCACAGUUGAUUACAGUUCUGCAACCUCUGUAUUUCCUGCAGAAGCCUGCGAAACUGUAGGUGGGGAUGCCUGCUUGGCAGACAUAUACCCUGAAGUAAGGAUCCAACCAGAGCCCAGAAACGGCACAGAAAGAAAUGCUUCUGAGAAUGUUGAGAGAGAAUAUCUCGAGUACAAUGAUGCAAAGACGGUUUUCCAAGGCGAGGCUUGUGAUGAUCUUGGAGGAGAAUUCUGCGACCCCGAGUAUCAGAAUGGAGUCUACUAGAGGAAAGCUUUGUUUAGAAAUAUAGAAGGAUCUUCUGAUCAACUUGUAGAUUUGAAUAUAUAUGCUUCUACUUGCGCUGUGUAACUGCAUAAAUUCCUCAAUAAUAUACUUAAACUCAAAGCUAUAUUACUCUACA